CUUUGUUUAAACUAUUGCAGGAAACAUGAACUUCAUUAUGCAAAGCUUAAUGGAGAGGCUAAGACCCCUUGUUGGUUUGAAAGGUUGGGAUUAUUGUGUUAUGUGGAAAUUGAGUGAAGACCAAAGGUUUAUUGAGUGGAUUGAGUGUUCUUGUGCUGGGAGUACUGACAACAACCAAAAUGCUGGAGAACUUCUUUUUCCUGUUUCUCCUGUCCUUCCAUGCAGGGAUACCAUGUUUCAGCAUCCAAGAACCAAAUCUUGUGACCUUCUAGCUCAACUGCCUUUUUCCAUGCCCCUGGAUUCUGGAAUUUAUGCACAGACCUUGAUAUCACACCAACCCAGUUGGUUAAACUUCUCAAGUAUUAAUGCAACAGAACCAAGUGUUCUACAGGAACCUGUUGGUACUAGGGUUUUGAUUCCAUUGGCAGGAGGAGUUAUUGAGCUGUUUGCUACUAAACACGUUGCUGAAGAUCAGCAUGUGAUUGAUCUUAUCACAGCCCAAUGCAACAUUUCAAUGGAGCAGGAGGCCCUCAUCAACUCAAGCAACAUGGAUACAAGCUUCAAUGUUGUUGUAAAUGAUCAAAAGGAUCCCAACAACCAUUUCCAGCUACCAAUUUCACCUGCAACACCAUUAGAAAAUCUGAAUCUACCAUAUGACAUCUCUGUUGACCGAAUCCGCUUGUGUGAUUCUCCAAUGAACUUCCUUCAGCAAUUUAAUUACACUUCUGAAGACAGAAGUAGUACUAAGAACGACAUGUAUUAUGAAGGAUCAAACAAUUCAUUCAUUUCUGACAAACCAAUCCACCCAUUUAAAUCUGCCACUGAUCAGAAUCAUGAGCACACAGAGAUGGAUAUAUUACAGCAGCCCAUGGGGAGCAGUUCAUCUAACAUGCACAUGCAGUUUAUGGAGCCAUUGUUAAACAAGGAGCAGCAGGCCGUCGGAAAUGAUAAGGAUUCGAUCAAACAUGAGACGGGAAGAACAGAUUCAAUAUCGGAUUGCAGUGAUCAGUUUGAUGAUGAGGAUGAUGCAAAGUAUAGGCGAAGGACUGGAAAGGGGCCUCAAUCGAAAAACCUUGUUGCUGAAAGGAAGAGAAGAAAGAAGCUUAAUGAUAGGCUCUAUGCCCUUCGGGCUUUGGUUCCUAAGAUUUCUAAGUUGGAUAGGGCUUCUAUCCUGGGGGAUGCAAUUGAAUUUGUGAAGGAGUUGCAGAAGCAAGCCAAAGACCUCCAAGAUGAGCUUGAAGAGCAUUCAGAUGAUGAAGGAGGCAGAAACACAGUGAGUAGUGGCAACCACCAUAAUGUCCAACAGGAAAAUCUAAACCAAAAUGGAAUUAACCUUGGGCAUAAAUGUGAACAUGAUAAAGCUCCAAAUGGCAUUCAUGGGGGAGGAAAUGGCAGUGUCUCGAAACAAAACCAGGAGUCAGAAAGUACUAAUGACAAGACACAACAGAUGGAGGUGCAAGUGGAAGUGGCCCAGAUAGAUGGGAAUGAGUUCUUUGUGAAGGUAUUCUGCGAGCACAAGCCUGGUGGAUUUGUGAGAUUAAUGGAGGCAUUGAACUCUUUGGGACUAGAAGUAACAAAUGUAAAUGUCACAAGCUUCAGAGGCCUUGUGUCUAAUGUUUUCAAAGUGGAGAAAAGGGACAGUGAAGUAGUUCAAGCUGAUCAUGUGAGGGAGUCCUUGCUUGAGCUAACGCGAAACCCAUCCAGAGGGUGGCCGGAGAUGGCUAAAGCAUCAGAUAAUUGCAGCAACACCGAGUAUCAUCAUAACCACCACCACCUGCACAACCACUGUGCUAGUUCCUACCACCACCACUUACACCAUCUUCAUAACUAG